CCUUCAUCUCCAAAACUCACCAAGAGAUCGUAAACCAUCCUCCGGCCCGCCGGGCAGCACGAUCCUGUCGGAGUAGCACUUGACCUACUAGUACUAAGCCUGUCUUAGACUCAGAAUAUACAUCUCAUUACUCGUGUGCUACUACUAGAUACAUAGCAUGAGUCCCCAGAGCCCCUCAAGCCAACUCAGCGGUACACAACUUGUCCAUGGUGAUCACGGACCAGGAAGUGAAGUGGCUCCUUCUAUCUCUGUCACCACGACGUUCAGGGCUGUGCCUCACCGUGAUCUUGAGGGGUUUGGAACGCUGAAUUCCGACCAACAUAUCUACUCCCGCUAUUCGCAAAAUGUCACUUCGAGGGUGGAACAGAUCUUGAGCAAGAUUAAUCAAGGACAUGCGAUCACCUAUGCAUCGGGAUUGGCUGCUGCAUUUUCUGCUCUUGUCCACUUCAAACCCAAACGCAUCGCGAUUUCCGGGGGAUACAUGGGCUGUCACGGCACCAUAUCCACUUACAUGAAAGGGAAGUCUGAUGAUACCCCGAUCAUCAGUCUAGAGGAUGAAUUCCAAGAGGGAGAUCUCUGCUGGCUUGAGAGCCCCUUGAACCCUACAGGCGAAUCGAGAGACAUAAAAUAUUACGCGGACAAGAUUCAUGCUGUCGGAGGGAAACUCUUGGUAGAUUCGACCUUUGGUCCUCCGCCUCUUCAAUACCCAUUCAAAUGGGGGGCAGAUUGCAUAUUUCACAGCGGAACCAAGUACUUCGGAGGCCACUCAGAUUUGCUCUGUGGAAUUAUCAUUGUCAGGACUGAGGCUGAACGUAUGCAGCUCUGGCACGACCGCGUGUACAUGGGGAAUAUGAUGGGGUCUCUGGAAUCUUGGCUUUUAUUACGAUCCCUUCGAACGAUGCAUCUGCGCAUCCCAAGGCAAUCGGCAAGCGGCACGGAAAUCGCACAAUGGCUUAGCAGAGCCAUUGUUCCACAGGGUCAGGAAUACGAUGGCAUUCCCGGUGGGGUGGUCACCAAAGUUUGGCACUCUAGCCUUCAGGAGACUGAUGCCAAUGGUUUCAAUCCUGCGGCACAAAUGGAAGGUGGAUUCAAUGCCUGUUUCUCGAUCUUGCUUUCAAAAAAGGAGUAUGCGGAGAAACUGCCGCACUCACUGGAGUAUUUUGUGUCGGCAACCAGUCUCGGUGGUGUUGAGUCUUUGGCAGAGCAGCGCAUCCAGGCGGAUCCGAAGGAAAAUCCCCUUCUCGUACGCCUAAGCGUUGGUGUAGAAGAAGUGGCAGACCUGAAGGACGACUUGCGUAGGGCACUCGUGGAGAUAUCGAGAGGAAAUUAGAGCGAAUGGUGCAUGGAUGUCAUACCAUUUGUGUGAAACAUAGUUAACCAAGAUGAAAGUCCGGAAGCUGGAAGUACAAGUACAACUGUACGAGUAGUAAGUAGUGAGGUCGAAAUUGAGUUUGUUUGGCUGUA